CUGAGAAGCUGUGUAUUAAUCAGCUGAGCGUCAGAGCAUGAUCUAGAAUAUUGGAAGCUCUUGGACGAAGAGCAUUUUUUUUUAUGGUUUUCUCAUAGCACAGUAUAAAUAUUCAUAUAUUCUCGCCAAAACUGAUUUUUUAAAAUUAAAUCACAACAACAUGGGAAAACUUUUUUUAAGACAUAUUGGAGGUACCCGUCUCUUUUUGUGUGCCAGCUGUGAUACUGUCUUGACCAAUCGUGGAGAAUUGAUAAGUACACGAUUUACUGGAGCUACAGGAAGGGCAUUCCUAUUCAACAGAGCUGUCAACCUUGUAUACAGUGAAGUACAAGACCGGGUAAUGCUGACAGGUCGUCACAUGGUACGUGAUGUUUCCUGCAAAAACUGUGAUACCAAACUUGGCUGGAUUUACGAGUUUGCCACCGAAGAGAACCAACGCUACAAGGAGGGUCGUGUGAUCCUUGAGCGAGCAUUGGUUACUGAAAGUGAUGGAAUUGAAGAGAAGGUGUGAUAACGGCCCACCGUUAAGUGUUCAGUAUACUGUAUUUUACACACAACCAAUGUAUUUUCAAUGUUCUUCCUAUUUUCUAUUAUUUUACUCAUUUUAUACAUUUUUAGUGAUCUUUUUUGUACCUCGUGAUUGCAAUUUUAAAAGUAUUGUAAUCUUUUUUUCUGUAUUAAAAGUGUAAUUUUGUUUUU